AUGAACGGAAAUCGGUCGCAAUUUCGUGAGUGUGAGGGUUCUUCUAGUUCGAUGCUGCCGAAUGAACCUUUGGUUUACGCGAAGUGGCGAUUUGAAGAAAAUUAUUAUGCAGGAAAAAUUGAAUCCGUAGAAAAUCACUCAUGUUUACGAAGAUUUCAAGUGCCCAUCAAUGAGACAGAGGUGAAAAACUUGAGAGAUCGAAAGCUCCUACAGACCAAUCAUUUUGAACCACGGGAUUCACCGCAUUGUGAUCCUGAAGUCUUAAGAGCUAAUUUGCGAAAUGUGAGUUCGUCAGAUGGUACAGAGAAGAGAAAGCGAAGGCCAAAGCCUAAAGUUUUUGGCGACGACUGGAUUACACCGGGUAAUUACCGAAAAAGAAGCAAGUCGGAGUCAUGUGAAGUGAGAGAUAAUGUGAAGAAUGAAGAGGCAAACAGACUCCACAUUGAAAUUGUGAGUUCGUCAAGUGGCACACAGAAGAGAAAGCGAAGGCCAAAGCCUAAAGUUUUUGGCGACGACUGGAUUACACCGGGUAAUUACCGAAAAAGAAGCAAGUCGGAGUCAUGUGAAGUGAGAGAUAAUGUGAAGAAUGAAGAGGCAAACAGACUCCACAUUGAAAUUGUGAGUUCGUCAAGUGGCACACAGAAGAGAAAGCGAAGGCCAAAGCCUAAAGUUUUUGGCGACGACUGGAUUACACCGGGUAAUUACCGAAAAAGAAGCAAGUCGGAGUCAUGUGAAGUGAGAGAUAAUGUGAAGAAUGAAGAGGCAAACAGACUCCACAUUGAAAUUGUGAGUUCGUCAAGUGGCACACAGAAGAGAAAGCGAAGGCCAAAGCCUAAAGUUUUUGGCGACGACUGGAUUACACCGGGUAAUUACCGAAAAAGAAGCAAGUCGGAGUCAUGUGAAGUGAGAGAUAAUGUGAAGAAUGAAGAGGCAAACAGACUCCACAUUGAAAUUAACCGUGGAGAAAACUCUUUGGCUCAGACCACACAAGACCUAUUUAACGAGCUUCCUAUCCAAGAUUCCAUGCAUUUUUCUGAGCCAUUGAAUACACACGAAGUUACCAAUGGGCUGUCAUCAUCGACACCAUUGGAAGGUGGUUUGUUGGAUUCAAUAUGUCGUAUCUUGAGUAUUCCAACUCCAAGAUCAUCAGUGUUUAAAGGAUGGACUAUUAUUCUUACUGGUGGUGCUAGAAGCAAUAAUAGUCCAACGAAAUCUGAUGUCAAUCUUCUACAACAAUUGAUUGCCUCUUGUGGUGGGGAAAUCGCCGUGGAGAUUACCCCGGCUUUACUCUACAGACGACGAAAUAGUUUUUAUGCACAAGAGGCGGGAAUACAGCAAAAUCGUCUGAUAGCCCUGGUGUCAACUGGUUGCUGUCUUACAUUCGCAUACCUACAAGCACUUGCUACUUUAGGUACUUUUCCUAUUCUCAGUACUGAAUGGGUACUGGACGCAUGUCGAGAAGGUGUCAAGACAUCAAGUGAAGCAUCUCACUCUGAGGAGGCAUCGCGUAAUUGGCCCCUCGACUUAUUACUCAGAUAUCCUGGUCGUUAUGAAUUGCCCAGAGGAUUUAUAUCUGGAUCCUUGGAACCAGUUAGGUGGUCGUCUGUUCCUGUAAGCUAUCGUCCAUCUGAAUUCGAUACAACUCCUUCUCCUCCUUCGUUGUUCAGUUUAUGCGAAAGAUGGACGAGCACAGAUAUUUUAUUUCGGCUAGGCGCAAUAGUGACCAAUGAUAUGCACGGUUUUGGAUCCGAGUGGUUGAAGACUAUAUCAAUCGCGUCUGGAAUGAUAAGUGAAACGGAUGAGGGUGCUAGUUGGUCGUCUCCAAGUCGGACUCCAAUUAUACCCGUAUCUGAGGCGUGUGAACAACUUACCAUCUUGUUUCCAAUAUCAAGAUGUAGAUCUCAAACUAUUGAGAAAAAAGUAAAUUUCGUUCUUGUCGAUGAAACUGAUAUCUCGCUAUCGGAGCUGGCGUACAUGAGGACGUUGUCUGUCGUACUGGUCACCCCUGAUUAUUUUAUCCAGUCCUUAAUCCAUGGAUGUUUAUUAAAUCCAAAGUCUUCAUCAUAUUUUUCACCGAGUGCUCAUAGACACCAAAGUUGAAUCGGAUUUUUAUAGUAAUAAUAAUAGUAAUAAUAAUAAUAUUAGCUACGGUUAUGAGUAGUAUGGCAACCCAUUACACAGUCUUUCAAUUUUGUUUUGCUCUUUUUUUCGUGUUUAGUCUACCUCAUAUGAAAAAAAUCCUCGCCUUUAUUUUUAUAAGAAACUUGAUUUUAUUUUUAUUGUUAUUAUUUUCAUCAUUAUUAUUAUCAUCUGACAUUAUUAAUAAAGGUACACCCUAGUUGUGGUGUGUUGUUUGCAUUUAUGAACUUCGUGUUUUUUAUUCCCCUCUGUCAGUUGUCAGUCGAUUGUUGUUGUUGUUGUUGUGUAUAUCCAACUUAUCUCGGUUGAGAGUGUCAAAACGUCGUACGUAGUAUUGUUGUUUCUUGUAUGCCUUGUAACAUGAACACUAUUAUGUAUACAUAUAUUAUAUGUGUAUGUAACAUCAGAAGACAAGGGCCGGCAACAGAUCCUUUUAUUACGGAAAUCAGCACGUAUUUAUAUAUAGUUCAUGUACAUUAUUAUAGCUUAUUCAAGUAGACAAACAGUCUUCUGAUUGAUUUCUCGGAAAGUGAGGCCAUCUAUCUGCGAAUCGUAUUUGCCCACGUUAAGUCUGCUGUGAUUGGUUGUUGAAUCAGCCUUGUUCAUAUUUUCUCACCGCCAAUAUUAGUGACCCAGACAUUGACGUAGAUUAAUGUCGACAAAUUGGCUAGCAGCCUGCUCUCACCACAUGUAUAUGUAUGUAAAUUGAAUAUUCCCAUAAUUUAUUCAGAACAAAAUAGAGUAAGAGUGGGAAAUUGUAGUUUCAAUAAAUUCUUCUUCUUCAGACUCUGCAAUUAUGAAUCCAUUAAUUAAUUUAAGCAUACAAUAGCCAGCCAGUUAGGAAAGGCAAAUUAGAAUCAUAUCGGAAAGUGUAUUGUGGAACAAGUAUAAGUGAGAUGGGAUGAUGGAACAAAAGUCAGUUAGUUUUUUAAUAUGC